UAUAGUGAAGUAGGUGACUAAGUAAAGACAGAGCAGCUGGAGUGUGCAGGAGCAGGAAAACUUGCUGAUAGAGGAUUCUGAUGUUUUCAGAUAUAUGCGCUGCAACCCAACAAAUCUUAAGAAAAAACAUGCAUAAGAACUCCAUCAUGCAUGUGUUUUGGAUCUGCCUGGUGCUGUGUACGGGUCCAUUGUUGUGUAUAAAUGACAUCGAGUAUGAAAGAAUCUAUGAAGACAGCUAUGACAAUGAGAUCCCCCUGGACCAGCAGGAGGGUGAGUCUCCAACUGCAGCAUGCCAAACAGAUUUCUCCCGCUGGGAUAAACUUUUUAUCGCUCUAGAGGACUCCAACAUGAGACAAAACAUGCUGCUGGAAUCUGUGGAGCAGUGCUGCGGGGGAACGGCGUCUCUUAAGACCCAACUGGAGAAGCUGACGAAGGGGAUGUGUCAGCAGUGUGCACCCAGCUUGGAAGCAGCUUGCAGGGUACAUGCAGAGCAGGCAAGUCUUAGGCUGCAAAAGAGUUUGGUGGAUCUCAGGGAUGAGGAGGAAGAGAGGGAAAGAAGAUUAAAUGCAACCUUGCGGAUGCUCCUACAUGGUAGGCACCAGGACGAUGCUUGGCUGAAGAGGCUAGAAGAAAUCAUUUCAUCUGCAUCUGCUGACAGCAGCAUGAGAGACCAGCCAACACCAACACCUGACGGUUUGGGAAUGAAGCUCUUCACAUCUGGCCUGAAGGAGCAGGAAGUGACCUCGCCGGUGAACAUAGUCACCAUGGAAAGUGCUCUGGCUGCCAUAGCAACAGAGCUUCAGAGGAUUCAUAAGCAGCUGAACAAAGUGAUAGAGCAGGUAGGCACGCUGGGAAAGGGCAGAGGAGACACAUGAAUUGCCCAAAGGAAAAAUAAAUAGUAAAAGCUUGACUGGAAAACUCCUAUUGCAGAUGAUGAUUUUGCACAUGUUGUUUGUAUUUCUACCGCUCUGCCUUUUUAUAAAGCCUCUGUUACACAUGAGAUCGUUUUUGUCUGGUGACAAUGAGUUUCAAUGUACCAUAAAUGUCAUGGGUUUGCUAUAAUGAAUAAAAAUUAACUAAACAACUGAGUCAGCCUCGUGGAAAGGUUUCCUCCCUCCUCCCACACAGUGUCACUUAAUUUUAAACUGUGUAUUUAUGUUCACGUCCAUGCCCACUCUUUCAUUA